CGCUUGACAGAGCGGGUCAAGGGUUGCCGUGGCAACUGUAACAUAACGUAACGUCCGUUCAUUUAAAAACCCCGCAGGUACCUGUCGUCGUCCCGUUGAGAAAGAAGAUGGAGUUUGAGACGACGGAGACCGUACGCUCGACACCGAGUCGACACGAGAAAAGUUUGGGGCUCCUAACAAUGAAGUUUGUCAGUCUGCUGCAAGAAGCUAAGGAUGGCGUCCUUGAUUUGAAAGUGGCUGCAGACAGUUUGGCAGUGAAGCAGAAGAGGAGGAUAUAUGACAUCACUAAUGUACUGGAAGGUGUGGGGCUGAUUGAGAAGAAAAACAAGAAUAUUAUCCAGUGGAGGGGUGAGAACACAGGCAGCCAAACUCAAGAGGUGCUGGAGCAGGUAAAAGUUUUGAAGGCACAGAUCUCUGAGCUAGAGGCCCAAGAGAAAGAGCUAGACAACCAGAAGGCCUGGCUGGAGGAGAACAUCAAGCACCUUAACCACGAUCCCAUCACCAGCACUUAUAAAUUUGUGACACAUGAAGACAUCUGCAGUGCCUUCAGCGGGGACACUCUUCUUGCUGUUGUGGCUCCUGCUGGGACGCAGCUGGAGGUGCCACUACCUGAAAUGGGCCAGAGUGGUCAGAAGAGGUACCAGGUGAACCUACGCAGCCACUCGGCUCCCAUCCAAGUCAUGCUCAUCAACAGAGACUUAGACUCCACAAUACCUGUGGUCUUCCCUGUGCCGCCCACAGAUGACAUCUGUCCGAUGCCGACUCCACCCAGCACCCCUGCCAGCCUGCAGAGGUGCCCACUCUUGAUGUCCGUGUGCUCCACCUCGAACACCACCACCUCCUACUGCAGCCAGGACUCCCACUGCUUAGACCACCAGAUGGUGCUGCCAGAACAGGAUGAAGUGCUGACGCCAUCGUCCACCCCUCCUGAUGUGCAGAUGGAGUGUCAGCCAGUGGCAGUGUUGGAGCAACAGCAGAUGGACCUGGUGGGCCCAGUGUUCCAGUCUGUGCUGGACAUGAGCAGCCUGUUGAAGCUCAACGCUACUGGAGACCACAUGAAGGACGACAGAGAAGGAGCUGUUGACCUGAUUGAUGAGCUAAUGUCUACUGAUGGUAUAGAUUACAGCUUCAACCUGGACGACAACGAGGGAGUGUGUGACCUGUUUGACGUGCAGAUCCUCAAUUACUGAUGGCUGACAGUGGGCUCUUCUGUGCGCUUAUACAAUCUCCCUAAAGACACUUCAAACUUACUUUUUCCCAUUUUUUUUGUCAUAAUUGCACAGCCGAUACUUUUAACAUUCCUUUCAUAUAACUUAAGAAACUUUUUACAAACCUAAGACUUCACCGCCAUGCACCAGACUAUACAAUUUACUAUACUGGCCAUUUGCCCCCAGCCAACACAAAACAAAGUGCCUGAAUGAAUUUAUCACAAGAUAUUUACAUAGCGAGGAGUCAUUAUGUCUCCAUUGGGUCUUAAUGGUUUACUGGGUGGUUAUCUACAACAUUCCACAGAAAUGAGGUGCUUUACUGGAAGAAAGUCAGGAUAAAUCCUUUGGCCUCCUACUGCAAGUUUGUAUGUAAAUUUUUAUUUUUCCACAUCCAGUGGAAAACCUGAGACUUGAAGACAACUGCUUUAUUUUCUGUAUCAACAUUUAUUUCCUUUAUCAACAUUUGGGACUGUGACAGUGUUUUACUUAGUGAUAUUUACAGUAACUCAUUCAGUAUUGGGUUUUUUUGAUGACGAUGAUCUAGUUCAGGGUAAGUGAGUCACUUUGUUUGCAUGGAAACCAUAUUGUGUAAAACACUAACAAAUUUCAUAGUUAUAUCUCAUAAAAUGACAUAUUGUAUUUAAUGAGUGGCUGUUAUGGUUACGUAUUGUAACCUUGUUCUCAAGUGGAAAAAUGCCAGAAAGUUUUCUUUUCUAUUGCGACACUGCCAUUUUAGGCCUGUGACUUUUUGUUUUAAAUGGAUUCUUAGAAUUACAGUUACGUAUCUGAAUAAGUAAUAUUUUUUACUUAAUGUAAGAAAAAAAACAAUUCUUGGUUCUAGUUUGUUGAAACUGAAACAGGUUGUAAGCUUUAAUCGUAAUUUAGAAAGUAAAGUAGCCAUUUAUCUCAUCUGAAAUAAUAAAUAUUAAGAGCCUUGUGCACCAUUUUUGUAUAUUUAUAGUUUUCUUCGAUUAUAAGAAGCCAUGUUUUUGUUACAUUUUGUCGAUUCUUUGGUUUUUUUUUUGAAAAAAGUUUUUUUUUCAAUAAAUGGAUUUAAUCUCGACUUCUGAACUUUUCUUUUCCGCCAAGUAAUCAUAAUAAUAAUCAUAGUUUGAUUUUAAAAAUGGGCAAUGAGCACGUACUCAGUUUCUGUUAAGACUUGUUUGUUUAUGAUUUGUCAGGUUUGUCUUGAACCUUACAGAAGGCUGUUUUUAU